AUGUUUCACGAGGACGUGUCUGGUGGAUGGCAGCUCGUGGCGGUGGACGUGAAUAAACCACAUGGCCGGGCGCCUGCUUGCCUCCAGCAACUGAUGCGAUCUUCAGUUUUCCACAUGUUCAUCCUCAGUAUGGUGGCCGUUGACGUGAUUGUAGCUGCUAGCAAUUACCACAGGGGCGAGGACCAUAAACUCACCAAUGACGAGUUCUACCUGGCUGAGGUUGCCUUCACUGUGCUGUUUGAUUUGGAAGCCCUGCUGAAAAUCUGGUGUUUGGGCUUCACUGGCUACAUCAGUUCCUCUCUACACAAGUUUGAGUCUCUGCUUGUAGUGGGCACCACCCUGCACAUCUACCCUGAUCUCUACCACUCGCAGUUCACCUACUUCCAGGUUUUGCGAGUGGUCCGUCUAAUAAAGAUUUCUCCAGCAUUGGAAGACUUUGUGUAUAAGAUUUUUGGUCCAGGGAAGAAACUCGGCAGUCUAGUGGUGUUCACUGCCAGUCUGCUCAUAGUGAUGUCUGCCAUCAGUCUGCAGAUGUUCUGCUUUGUGGAGGACUUGGAUCGUUUCACCACAUUUCCACGGGCAUUUAUGUCCAUGUUCCAGAUUCUUACACAGGAGGGAUGGGUGGAUGUCAUGGACCAAACUCUGGUGGCAGUGGGACAGAUGUGGGCUCCAGUGGUGGCCAUAUACUUCAUUCUCUACCACCUGUUUGCCACACUGAUCCUUCUGAGUCUUUUUGUGGCUGUGAUUUUGGACAAUCUUGAGUUGGAUGAAGACUUGAAGAAGUUAAAACAGUUGAAACAGAGCGAAGCCAAUGCUGAUACGAAAGAGAAACUUCCUCUGCGAUUACGGAUCUUUGAGAAGUUCCCCAAUCGACCACAGAUGGUGAAAAUCUCCAAGUUGCCAUCAGACUUCACUGUGCCUAGAAUCAGGGAGAGCUUCAUGAAGCAGUUCAUCGACCGACAGCAGCAGGACCUCAGCUGUCUGCUCCAUCACCUUCCCUCAGCGUCGUCCUCAUCCUGCGACCAUUCCAAGAGGUCUGCCAUUGAGGAUAAUAAAUACAUAGAUCAGAAGCUCCGAAAGUCAGUAUUUAGCAUCCGGGCCCGUAACCUCAUGGAAAAGGAAACCACUGUCAAUAAAAUUCUGCGAGCCUGCACUAGACAACGUUUGAUGAGUGGCUCUUUUGAGGGUCAGCCAACAAAAGAGAGAUCCAUACUCAGUGUCCAGCACCACAUCCGCCAAGAACGCCGGUCCCUCAGACAUGGCUCUACAAGCCAGAGAAUCAGUAGAGGGAAAUCCCUGGAAACACUCACUCAGGAUCACUCCAGCACGGUCCGCUACCGUAACGCCCAGCGGGAGGACAGUGAAAUCAAGAUGAUACAAGAGAAAAAGGAGCAGGCUGAGAUGAAACGAAAAGUACAAGAGGAGGAACUCCGGGAAAACCAUCCAUACUUUGACAAACCACUCUUCAUCGUUGGUAGAGAGCAUCGCUUCCGAAACUUUUGCCGAAUGAUUGUGCGGGCCCGUUUCAAUGUGUUAAAAAUGGAUCCCAAUACAGGCGCAGUGAACAGCACAAAAUACCAUCAAUUAUAUGAUUUACUGUCCUUGGUAACCUAUCUGGACUGGGUGAUGAUCGUGGUCACCAUCUGCUCUUGUAUUUCCAUGAUGUUUGAGUCCACUUUUACUAGGGUCAUGCAUGUCCCUACCCUGCAGAUCGGAGAAUAUGUGUUCGUCAUCUUCAUGAGCAUUGAGCUGAACCUGAAGAUCAUGGCAGAUGGUCUGUUCUUCACUCCCACUGCAGUCAUCCGAGACUUCGGUGGCGUCAUGGACAUCUUCAUCUACUUAGUCAGUCUGAUCUUUCUAUGCUGGCUACCAAACAGUGUGCCUCCAGAGUCUGGUGCCCAGCUCCUUAUGAUGCUACGCUGCCUGCGCCCACUGCGUAUCUUUAAACUGGUGCCACAAAUGAGGAAGGUGGUUCGAGAGGUCCUCAAGGGUUUCAAGGAGAUCUUCUUGGUCUCUAUUCUUCUUCUGACACUAAUGCUGGUGUUUGCAACCUUUGGGGUGCAACUCUUUGCUGGAAAACUUGCCAAAUGUAAUGAUCCCCAUAUCUCCAAUAAGGAGGACUGCCAUGGCAUCUUUAGAAUCAAUGUGAGCAUUUCAAAGAACCUGAAUUUAAAGCUCAGGCCAGGCGAGAAGAAACCAGGAUUCUGGGUGCCAAGAGUUUGGGCAAACCCUCGAAACUUUAAUUUUGAUAAUGUGGGCAACGCCAUGCUGGCUCUAUUUGAGGUGCUGUCACUGAAGGGCUGGGUGGAGGUGAGAGACGUCAUCAUACACAGAGUAGGACCGAUUCAUGGCAUCUACAUCCACGUCUUUGUGUUCUUGGGCUGUAUGAUUGGGCUCACUCUUUUUGUUGGUGUUGUCAUAGCCAACUUUAAUGAAAAUAAAGGCACUGCUCUUUUGACCGUGGAUCAGAGGAGAUGGGAAGAUUUGAAAAGUCGACUGAAGAUUGCUCAGCCCCUCCACCUCCCCCCACGUCCAGAAAAUGGUGGAUUCCGUGCAAAAAUGUAUGAUAUUACCCAACAUCCUUUUUUCAAGCGAGGUAUUGCAGUGCUGAAUGCUUACACAUACAUGAUGGGCACAUGUGUGAUAGUAUUCAGGUUUUUCACCAUAUGUGGGAAGCAUGUGACGUUAAAGAUGCUUCUGCUAACUGUGGUCGUCAGCAUGUACAAGAGUUUCUUUAUUAUCGUGGGCAUGUUCUUGUUGUUGCUGUGCUACGCUUUCGCCGGUGUCGUCCUCUUCGGCACCGUCAAAUACGGCGAGAACAUUAACAGGCACGCAAACUUCUCCACCACGGGGAAAGCCAUCACUGUACUUUUUCGAAUAGUCACAGGUGAAGACUGGAAUAAGAUCAUGCAUGACUGCAUGGUGCAGCCGCCAUUCUGCUCUCCGGACAAACAUCGCUACUGGGAAACGGACUGCGGCAACUAUGCUGGCGCCCUCAUUUACUUUUGCUCCUUCUAUGUCAUUAUCGCUUACAUCAUGCUCAACCUGCUCGUAGCCAUCAUUGUGGAGAAUUUCUCUUUGUUCUACUCCACCGAGGAGGACCAGUUGCUAAGCUACAACGACCUGCGUCACUUCCAGAUCAUUUGGAACAUGGUGGAUGACAAGCGGGAGGGAGUGAUACCGACCUCUCGGGUGAAGUUUCUGCUCCGUCUGCUGAGAGGUCGUCUGGAAGUUGACCUGGACAAAGACAAGCUUCUCUUCAAACACAUGUGUUAUGAGAUGGAGCGUCUGCACAACGGAGGAGAUGUCACCUUCCAUGAUGUACUGAGCAUGCUGUCGUACCGCUCAGUUGAUAUCCGGAAGAGUCUUCAGCUAGAGGAGCUGUUGGCGCGAGAGCAGCUUGAAUACACUAUAGAGGAGGAGGUGGCCAAACAAACCAUCCGCAUGUGGUUAAAGAAGUGCCUCAAACGCAUACGAGCCAAGCAGCAGCAGUCAUGUAGCAUCAUUCUCAGUCUGAGAGAGAGCCAACAGCAGGACCUCCAGCGCCUGCUCAACCCUCCCAGCAUUGAGACCACCGUCCCCAGCGAGGACACCAACGCCCAUAACCAAGACAAUCCCACUCAGCCAGAGCAGAACAGCGGCCUGCAGACCUUACUGAGCCCCACCCUGUCGGACCGCAGCAGAUAUCGACAGGACUCCGCCGACCGACCCCAGAGGAAGCUGGGACAGUGGCGACUUCCUGCAGGGCGCACGGGUGUGAAGUCCAUGGUGUGUAAGAUGAACCCUGUGAGUGAUGAGGCCUCCUCGGGGUCUGAAGUCAAGAAGUGGUGGACUCGCCAACUGACAAUGGAAAGUGAUCAAAGCGGCGAUGACCUCAUUGAUAGCUGAAGCAAAACGGCCUGCUAAUUUUUUUCAGAUUUUCCUCUUAAGAAAGGAUCAUUCGGCUAAAUCUUUUGUAUUGGCUUCUUAUAUGGCAUAAGCCAUGAUCCUCUGUUAGCUUUACGUUGGGGAGUCUAUGCUGCUUAAAGCAUCACCUGCACACGUUCAAGCCUCCUUUUGCUUAUUCAAAGACAAUAAAUGUCGGUUUCAACCAUGUUAAUGCUCACCCUACUGUGGUGGAAGAUUUUCAGUGAGCAUUGUUUUGUCAAUGAGAAAUAUCUUUGAUGAAAGAGCAGCUGUAAAGUGUCCUCAGGAAGUUUAUGUAAUGUAAUAUAAGAGUCUAAUAAUCUGAAUUCUAGAUGUAAUGGUUAGGGAAUUCACAUGCUUUACGUGACGCACCUAACCAAAGCCAUAGCGUUCUCCUUGUUUGUCUUUUGUGCCACAAUAAUAUGUCUUCAAUACAUGGGUGUUUGUAAGAUCCACAAUUAUCUUGUGUUGUAAAACUGGGCUUACACUUUAUAAAAUGCAACCACUUGCUUACAUUAUGGCAAGACAGUGAAUGUAACUGUAU